CCACCGCCCUUCUGCUCUCCAGUCCGCGCCGCUGCCUCUUCCAAGCUGGGCGGGAGGAUGACUUGGCACUGACUCCCGCUCCGGCUGGCUCUACGCGUCCGGGUCUUGGCACAGGCCAGCCUGCUCCGUGCGGAGAGGGGCGGGAGUCGUCGAGGCUGAGGGCGGGCGAGCGAGCAAGGCUGCACGGAGGAGGAGGAGGGGGACCCCCUCCAGCCGCCCGCAGCAGGAGCAGUUCCUUCUCGAGCGAGGAGUAAGAGCCGACGACGCCACACGCUUCCCUUGGCAGGAGGAGCGCGCCGCUCUCCAUGCGCCCUCAUCCAUCUCCAAGCGCCCGCAUCCUCCUGCUGCAGCGGCCCGAGCGCGCGCCUUUUGCGCCCAGCCCAGGUCUGGCUUGGAUGCCUUUUGGAUUCCUCUUACCCUUGCAUGUAAUGGACACUCUGUGAAAUAGAAAAAAAUGCUGAAAAUAUUUUGGCUCCCUCCCUGUAUGAAAGACUGAAAGGAGAUCAAUGUGGUCUUAGUUGUCAAAGAAGACCACCAGAAUCUAGCUGCAGCAAUGAGUUCAGAGGAGAAAGGUAUAUCUCCUGCUCACAAAACCUCUACACCAUCUCAUAAAAGUGCCUCUUCUUCUUCAUCCUCCCAGCGGGACAGCAGGCAGAGUGGCCAUGUGUUAGAGCGGAAUUUUUCUUCUGGAAGCACAGAUCCGGUACUUGGCAAACAGUUGCUAGAAAAUGAACCAGUAGCUGUAUCUAAAGAGCCAGACAGCUGGGAAAUUAUAGAAGGCCUCAAAAUUGGGCAGACCAAUGUCCAGAAGCCAGACAAACAUGAAGGGUUCAUGCUGAAGAAGAGGAAAUGGCCUUUGAAAGGUUGGCACAAGCGCUUUUUUGUCCUGGAUAACGGAAUGUUGAAAUAUUCCAAGUCGCCAAUUGAUACUCAGAAAGGAAAGGUUCACGGGAGCAUAGAUGUUGGCUUAUCAGUUAUGUCGAUUAAAAAGAAAGCUCGGAGGAUAGACCUUGACACUGAAGAGCAUAUUUACCAUUUGAAAGUAAAAUCCCAGGACUCGUUUGAUGCUUGGGUAUCAAGGCUGCGCCACCACAGGUUAUACCGUCAGAACGAGAUUGUACGAUCACCACGAGAUGCCGGAUUCCACAUAUUCCCUUCAGCGUCAACUACUGAAUCUUCACCAGCUGCUAAUGUUGCUGCCCUGGAGGCCAAGGUCGCACAGAAUAAUUUCCCAUGGCAGCCAUCCAUCACCUGCAGCAACAGCCUCCCUGCAACGUGUACCACUGGCCAAAGUAAAGUAGUUGCUUGGUUGCAAGACUCCGAGGAGAUGGACAGGUGUGCAGAAGACCUUGCGCACUGCCAAUCAAACCUUGUGGAGCUCAGUAAAAUUCUUCAAAACUUAGAAAUACUUCAGAGGACUCAGUCAGCUCCAAAUUUCACGGAUAUGCAGGCUAAUUGUGUAGAUAAGAAAGACAAGCGUGUCACAAGAAGAUGGAGAACAAAAAGUGUCAGCAAAGAUGCUAAAAUACAGCUUCAGGAAGGGACAGCACUGAAAGGCCAGUUCAGUACCCCACGGCGUCGCCAGAGACUAGCAGAUGCAGUGGCUACAACAGUUCCUUUCAGCGCUACGAUGUCUCCUGUUCGCCUGCAUUCAUCCAAUCCUAACCUUUGUGCAGACAUCGAAUUUCAGUCUUCUCCAAGCCAUGCAUCUGACCCCCUGGAAAGCUCCACGGACUACCUGAAACUCCAAGAAGAGUUUUGCCUCAUGGCACAGAAAGUACAUUCUCUUCUGAAGUCUGCCUUCAACAGCAUAGCGAUAGAGAAGGAGAAGCUUAAGCAGAUGGUUUCAGAACAUGAUUUCGCUGGACACAAUACACAGAUCACGUGUCUCAGGCAAUCCCUCUCGCAGGCUAUCAACCAGAAUGCUGAACUAAGGAGUCGCUUGAGCAGAAUACAUUCAGAGUCUGUUAUUUGUGAUCAGGUUGUCAGUGUAAAUAUUAUCCCUAGUCCUGAUGAGGCAGGUGAACAGAUCCAUGUCAGUCUCCCACUCUCCCAGCAAGUUUCUAAUGAAAGCAGGCUCUCCAUGUCAGAAUCUGUCUCUGAAUUCUUCGAUGCGCAGGAGGUGCUUCUGUCUGCAAGCUCAUCAGAGAACGAGGCUUCUGAUGAUGAGUCGUACAUCAGUGACGUGAGUGACAACAUAUCAGAGGACAACACCAGUGUUGCAGACAACGUUUCUCGGCAAUUACUUAAUGAUGAGCUGACCGGUGGUGCUUUCAGAAAUGGACGAAGGACAUGCCUACCGACCCCCUGCCCUGAUACUAGUAAUAUCAACCUGUGGAACAUUUUGAGGAACAAUAUCGGGAAGGAUCUCUCGAAAGUAUCCAUGCCGGUAGAGCUAAACGAGCCUCUGAAUACAUUGCAACACCUUUGUGAGGAACUAGAAUACAGUGAACUCUUGGACAAGGCUGCUGAAUCUGAUGACCCCUACGAACGAAUGGUCCUUAUUGCUGCCUUUGCAACUUCAGGAUAUGCCUCCACUUACUACAGAGCUGGAAGCAAGCCUUUUAACCCUGUGCUUGGUGAAACUUACGAAUCUAUUAGGGAAGACAAAGGAUUUCGUUUUUUCUCGGAGCAGGUUAGCCACCACCCACCCAUUUCUGCCUGUCACUGUGAAUCAAAGAAUUUUGUGUUUUGGCAAGAUAUCAGGUGGAAAAACAAAUUCUGGGGCAAGUCAAUGGAAAUACUGCCAAUCGGAACACUGAAUGUCACGCUUCCAAAGUACGGUGAUUCCUACGUAUGGAACAAAGUCACUACUUGCAUACAUAACAUCCUCAGUGGAAGGAGGUGGAUAGAACAUUAUGGAGAAAUUACCAUCAGAAACACAAAAAGCAGCGUUUGUAUUUGUAAACUCACGUUCAUCAAGGUGAAUUACUGGAAUUCGAAUGUGAAUGAAGUUCAAGGUGUUGUCAUGGACCAAGAAGGAAAGGUGGUACAUCGCCUCUUUGGAAAGUGGCAUGAAGGGUUGUACUGUGGAGUUGGGCCUUCGGCAAAAUGUAUAUGGAGACCAGGCUCCAUGCCCACCAACUACGAGCAUUAUUAUGGCUUCACGAGGUUUGCCAUUGAGCUGAAUGAGUUAGAUCCUGCACUGAAAGAUCUUCUUCCAAGAACAGAUGCCCGAUUCAGGCCAGACCAAAGGCUUUUGGAAGAUGGGGAUUUAGAAGCAGCAGCGUCAGAAAAACUAAGAAUAGAAGAACUCCAGAGAAGUCGAAGACGCUACUUAGAAGAAAAUAAUAUGGAACAUGUACCUAAAUUUUUCAAAAAAGUUAUCGAUGCCAAUCAAAGAGAAGCUUGGGUUUCUAACGACACGUAUUGGGAACUCCGAAAGGAUCCUGGCUUUAGUAAAGUAGAAACCCUCCAACUCUGAUUUGAAAAUUGAGGUCUUCUGUACUCUGAGCCUCUUCCCACUCCUGCAAGCUUCAGGAAAAUCUCAAGAAGACUUUGUAUGAUUUGCUUCCUUGUUAAACUGGAAGGCGCUGCACCAAACUAUACCACAGUCUUGUUCCCUGCCUGAGCUCUGUAUAUGCUCUUGUUUUCAAGUAGACCGCGCCUUCGUCUCCUCUAUUAGUGAUGGAUAUAAUCACAUUUCAGUAGUAGAGGUUUUCAGCACACCUGCAAAUUUGGAGAAAGUAGAGGAGGCUUUCUAGAUUCUUGAAAAGGUCUAGAAUGCCUCCCAAGGGGACUUGCUAAACCCAGGCCUUGCACUAUGCAAGAGUUCAGAAACCGCCCCCCCCCCUACCCCAAAUGCUUGGCAUGCCAUCACUACCAUUGCUGGACGAAGUCCUGGUGCACUGAUGAUGCACAUUGAGGCAAAAGCUACUCCUUUAGUAGUUAUCUGUAAGUGUUCUUCAAUAGGG